AUGGGCGAUUUUCAUCGCGCAUACCUCGGCUCAGCAUUUGUUGCCGGCGUCUUGGUGACUGUAGCCUUGACAGAAAUAUAUUACAGAAGCAAGCCACAAUCUGCAGCUCCCACUACUGCAACCGAGGAUGUCACUGCUGCGAACUCACAAGACGAUAAAAAGUUAUUGGGCUCUGUGCGACACGGGCCCCCAGCGAUAGUAGAGGGCGUGGAAGGAUGCAUUGGAAACACGCCACUUUUCCGCAUCAAGUCACUGUCAGAUGAGACUGGUUGCGAGAUACUUGCCAAGGCCGAAUUUUUAAAUGGAGCAGGCGGCAGUCCGAAAGAUAGAGUGGCGUUGAGCAUGAUUCAAACAGCCGAAAAGGAAGGUUCUUUGCGACCUCAUUCUGGAGAUGUCAUCUAUGAAGGCACAUCUGGCUCUACAGGAAUAUCUCUUGCUACACUCGCCCGUGCUCGCGGUUAUUUAGCCCAUAUUUGCAUGCCUUCCGACCAAGCAAUGGAAAAAUCGGAUAUGCUUCUCAAGCUCGGAGCAGUCGUAGACCGUGUUCCACCGGCGCCCAUCGUUGAGCAAGGGAACUUUGUGAAUAGGGCCCGAAACCUUGCUCAAGCUCGGACUGCAUCCAACAAUUCACCUGCGGACAAGUCCUCGGCUGCGAGUGCUAGUCAAUUGACGAGCACAGAUCCUACUUCAGAGGCCGGAGUUGUGACAGGCAGAGGCUUCUUCACGGACCAGUUCGAGAACGUUGCAAACUAUGCAGCGCACUUUAAUGGAACAGGACCAGAGAUAUAUGCGCAAUGUGGUGGUAAACUUGAUGCAUUUGUUGCCGGCGCUGGAACGGGAGGUACUAUAUCUGGUGUUGCGCUUUUCUUGAAGCCUAGACUCCCAGAUAUAAAAGUCGUCCUCGCAGAUCCACAGGGGAGUGGCUUAUUCAACCGGGUCCGCUACGGUGUUAUGUUUGACAUCAAGGAACGUGAAGGUACAAGACGACGGCCACAGGUUGAUACAAUCGUGGAAGGCAUUGGAAUCAAUCGCCAGACGGCCAACUUCGAAGCCGGACGGGAAUUCAUUGACGAUGCAAUCAGGGUCACAGAUGCACAAGCUAUAGCUAUGGCACGUUGGUUGGUGGAAAAGGACGGGAUUUUCGUGGGAAGCAGCAGUGCAGUUAACUGCUUUGCGGCGGUAAAGACUGCCCUGGAACUCGGCCCAGGACACCGUGUGGUCACAAUCUUAACUGACUCAGGCACGAGGCAUCUUUCAAAGUUCUGGGCCAUGGCUGGAGACGUAGGUGGCACAGUUGAUACGAAGCUGGAGGAUGUCCUCAAUGUUAAAUCCGACAUUUAA